CCUUCUAGGCACCAAUUACUUCUGUUCCAAUGGCCAAAGGUCUUCGCUUCAUGUUCUGUGUGGUGACAACCGUGGUGCUCCUAAGAGAAUCCAGCCAUGCAGGAGCUAGCAAGAAUGAUGAUGCUCUGAGUAAGGGCCCUGACACAGAAAGGCCAGAAGAGGAUCUUCCAACCUUGACUGUCACCACAAUCCUGGAAGAUCCAUAUGUCAUGGUGAGAAGCACAGAACUGGAGGGAUACUGCAUCGAUCUGCUGAAAGCACUUGCUGCAAUGCUUCACUUCAGCUACAAGGUGAAGGUGGUGAGCGAUGGGCAGUAUGGAGCCAUUUCUUCCAAAGGCAACUGGACAGGGAUGAUUGGCGAGAUCAUAAGACAGGAAGCAGACAUCGCAGUGGCUCCCUUGACGGUCACAUCAGCAAGGGAAGAAGUGGUCUCCUUCACCACCCCGUUCCUGCAGACAGGGAUCGGAAUCCUGCUUCGCAAGGAUAGCGUCUCGCAGGAGAGGCCUCUCUUCCACUUCCUGGCUCCCUUCAGUAAAGAAACAUGGACCGGCCUGUUAUUUGCUUAUGUGCUCACGUGCCUCUGCCUCUGUCUUGUUGCCAGUUACAAAGAUACAGCAGCACUAAAGGAGGUGCUGGUGUACAUCUUGCAUAGAGGAAUCCUCCGGGCAAGGCCAGAAGUAGAGCUCCAAAUGCUUAGGUCGUGUGUCACCCCUCGUCCCAAAGCGCUCUCCGUGCGGGUCAUUGCUGCCAUCUGGUGGCUCUUCACCCUCGCCCUGGUGGCUGCCUACAUCGCCAACUUCACGGCGCUGCUGAGCGCGGGCAGUGAGCAGCUCCCCAUCCAGACCUUCGAGGACCUGGUGAAGCAAAGGGAGCUCGAGUUCGGGACACUGGACGGCUCCUCCACCUACCACUUCUUCAAGAACUCCAAGAAUCCUGUUCAUCAGCUGAUCUACGAAUACAUGGAGAAGAGAAGAGACUACGUCCUAGUGAAGACUUACCAGGAGGCCAUCCAGCGGGUGCUGGACUCCAACUACGCCUUCAUUGGGGAAUCGGUGUCACAGGAGCUGGCUGCUGCCAGGCACUGCAACCUCAUCAGGGCCCCGGAGGUCAUCACAGCCAGAGGAUUUGGGAUAGCAACCCCCAGGGGUUCUCCCUGGACCAAGUCCCUCUCUAUCUCGAUCCUCACCCUCAGGGAAUCGGGGCAGCUGGAGCAGCUCCGCACCAAGUGGUGGGAGAGCCGCUGCCGCCACCAGACCCGGGAGCGCUGGGCCCCGCUGCCCCCGCACGCGCUGGCCGGGCUGUUCCUCACCCUGGGCAUCGGUCUGUCUGUGGGUGUCCUGUUGGCACUGCUGGAGCUGUCCCGGCAGAGCCGGCGCAGUGCUGGACAUGGACAUGGACAGAAAUCCUGUUGCUCCAUUUUCUUAGAAGAAAUCUGCACUCGCUUGCAGAUAAAGGAAAACACAAGACCGAGCCAGGAGCCUUCAGCCAAGACCAGUGCUUAA